GCUCAACAUGGCGGCAUGAUCAAAUCAACUUUCUCGUUGGUCUAGCUUCACUUUAGCCAUAAGUUAACACAAUGAACGACCCUGACGCCGAGCGGCCGCCGUCGCGGUCCCAGUCACCCCUGCCACCCGCCUGGUUUGAAUUUCUGCUUGAUCCUUCGUUGCUGUCCAAGCAUUUGUCGACAGAAAGUCCGGACCCGUCAGCCUCCCAGCUGAUCGUCCAGUUCCUUGACCAGGCCACCAGGACCACGGUGAAUGACCAGAACCAGAUCCAGCCUCCUGCCGAUAACAAACGUAACCGGGCACUCAGGCACCUGGCACUCCAGGCAGCUGCACACCUGCGCUGGGACCCCAACCAGCUGGAAACCAGCCUGUCCAAUCAUCACACGAAUCUGUUGCUGAAUGAGCUGCUACGUGUGGCUCGCAGCCCCACGGAUGUGAAACACACGGACAUUGAUCUGGCGUCCAUCCCAGACUGCACCACCAUCGCACUGGUCCUGUAUCACAGAUGGGCCAUCCGAGUGGUAGUGUCCAGCUCUUUCCCUGUCAAACCAGUCAGAACAUUUCCUAGCAACAUUCUGGGAACUGCCCAGGCAGCAGGAGAGAUAGCAGAAGCCUUACUGAAGGUGUUACGUGACCAGUUACCAGACUCUGUGUGUAUCCUGGAGAACUGUGUGGCCCUACAGCGCCCCCUACAUCUGCCCACGGUGCAGUCCCUGGGGGACCCGUCGAGGAGGGGGUACGAGGAGGGGGGAGUGCUGGUCAGCACUGACGACAUCACCUGUCAGGUUCAGUAUGACCUGGGUACCCUGUACUUCCAUCAGCACGAGUACCAGAAAGCACUGAAGGCUUUCACUUCUUCUUACCAACUCAUAAAAGAGGUAAAUGAUCCGAUCUUCUGUAAGAUCGACUCUGCAAAGCUUGAGGGUUACCUGAGUGCAUGUCAGGGGCUUGCAGGGAUAGCCCCCUCUGUCAAACCUACCUCCCUCUUUGAUGAAGUGGAACAGUCCAGAAAAGCAAUUACGAGUAUUUUUUUGUUGUUGUCAGGUUUAGUGGAGCUGCUGGUGAGAGACAACCUGACUGCAGAAGUUCCCACGUCUUACAGACAUUUCCUAGAGCAGGAGCUGGAGAAAAAGACAAGGAAGGAGGAAAAGUUACAGGACACCUGGCUGAAGGUGUGCUGUUGUAACGCUGUGUCUAACGUGGUGCAGGGUCGGCCUGUACAGCCCAGCUUCACACACCUGGUACCUCACCUGGCACAGGACAUGGUGCAUUUCCUCAUCAAGAUCUGUAAGCAGUCAGUCCGUUUCAAAGACCAGGGGCAGCACACAAGGAUGGUGGAAUUUAUAGGACAUGUGUUGAGACACAUGGGUGGUAGUGUGGUACUGGAGUCAGUACUGGAGACAUCGAAGGACCUCCUGACAGCACCAGAACUAGAGACCAUCAGGGCACAGUACAUCCCUCAGCAGACCACCAUACCUGCCUACACAGGGGAGAGACCUCACACGUCUACAGGCAGCAGACAGCAGCAGCAGUGUGAUCUAGAACAGACCCUGAUGCACACACUCAGCCCUAAGACUAUCCAGAGACUGGUCAUCGAGCUUCAUGGCAUGGCAACAGACUCUGCCUACUGUGUGCCUUUUCACAAGUGGGAGAUGCCUGGUGAGUAUGCCUCCUUCCUGUGGGACCAGCACAGCUCAGUAGGCAGUGUCACUCAUGACGUCAUGUACCUCAUCCUGGCCAAGGCACUGCACUGUGCAAGUAUGAAGGACUUCCCUACGGCCAGAGUUCUGCUGCGUCACGGCGUGGAGCAGGUUCGAGCGCUGUCGUUCCGACUGGGCGCCAUCGUGCACAACGAGCUGCUGCAGCUGGACAUCACGGACCACGCCAGCCGGCGGGACGGCAGGAAGCCGGCACAGGACCUGGUACAGGCGGUCAAGAACCAGCUCAGUACCAGGAUCCCUGAGGUUCCAGUGAGGAAGGAGAUACAUGAGACCAUGGCAGCAUUCCUGCUCAACAUUAGAGAGUUUGAAUAUCUGUUCCAGUCUCGCAACACUGUAGGAGUCUACAGCAAUAGCUAUUUGUGGCUGGCCCACCUGAUAGCCAGUGUUAGUAAGGACCUCCCCAUGCUCAAAUCCUUCAGACAGCCUGGCAGGGAACUCUGGGACUUUGUGGUAUCAGUGUUCAUUGACAGUCACCAGCAUAAGAGAGGGAGUGAUGGGAAAGCCAUGGGGAUGGUACACAGGGAGUCAGCUGUCUCUCCUCUCACCAGGACAGAGUUCUUAGACUUCCUUAAGAACAUACAGGACCCAGUUUGUCUCAGUUUGAUGAUCUCCUGUCUAGCGAAAAUCCUCAACAUCCUACAGGAUGAUUCUAACAAAGACAUCAGUAAUGACUAUGCUGCCCUGUGGCCACAAGGUCUUGGAAAUCAUAAGAACUCCCAUGUGUCUGAUGACUCGGUGGCCCUGGUGCUGAGAGAGUUGUUGGGACAUGCCCUGUCAAUCAACCCUGGGCGACCGUCAUGGCUGAAAACACAGGCUGAUUUAAACUAUGCUGCAGGCCAGUGCUCUGCAGCCCUGCGGUUUUACCUGCAGGCAGGGAUGGUCUGCAGUGACUACUUCACUCACCAGGUGCCUAAGGGAGUGUAUGAUGAGCAGGUCUACAAAAGGAUGAUUAAGUGCUGUAAGGAGCUACAGUGUCACACACAUGUGGCAGUACUGUGUCAGUUCUUGAAGGAGGUUGACUACUCCACAGCUUUCAAGGUACUACAGGAGAGGAACAGCUAUGAUGCUAUGGAUGAAUAUUACGACUACUUCUGGGAUGUGGAUAUACUGGAGUAUCUUGUCAACAUCCAUACAAAGAAAGGUGAAUUGGACAAAAGACAAGCAGUGCUGCAGGUUCUUGGUCAGCAGGAGCUGAACUCCAGUAACAGUGAGGACGUGCUUAUCCGUGCAGCUAAUGCCAGGAAGAGCAGAUUCUUCCGUAUCUUGUGUAAAAUGUAUGUGUAGUGGCAGGCCAGCAGCGGAAUUUCCCAGGCACAAACUCUAACAUUACAAUAAAUUGUAAAGGAACUUACUGCAACAAAGUUAACAAAAAUGUGCCAAUUGCCAAUAAAUGUAAGAGACACUGAAGAACCUCCAUGUGCAGUCAGAAGCAUGGUAUUUAUAUGUCUCUUUUGGUGGCACAAGGAACAACUUGUUAUUGCUGGCAAGUUCUUA